AUGAUGACCUCAAUACCACUCUUCCGGCUCACAAGCCUCCUUCUCCUCCUCUUUCCGGUCCUCAUCCAUGCAGUAAAUGUCAUCGGAAGUAUCAAACCGAACAAUGUCCUCCAAUCCCUUACGCUCCUCCCUCCAUCCAUGACCGUAUCUCUAUCUGGUGCCAACCUUGCCGACUCCCGUACAUCCCACAUCUACUCCAACGGCGCCUUCAAAUUCCAAGAUGUAAAACCCGGUUCCUACCUACUCGAGGUCAACUGUAGAACCCACUUGUUCCCUUCGUUGCGUGUGGAUGUUAGCACCGAUGGUCUGGUGGAAGUGUACGGCACCUUCAGAGGUAACGAAUGGGACAACAAAGGGGAGAGGAAACCCCAUCCGAUCGACAUUUCUCCAGUUAAGGGUUCGGACUUUUAUAUAGUCCGCGAGGGAUUCAAUCCCAUGAAACUCCUUAGCAAUCCUAUGAUCCUUAUUGCUAUUGUGGCCAUCGGAGGAAUGACCCUGAUGCCAAAGAUGGUUGAGAAUAUGGACCCUGAAACCCGCGCCGAAUUUGAGAAGCAACAGCAAAACUCCGUGCUUUCCGGCGCCCAGAAUAACCCCCUCCAAAGCUUCGAUAUGGCCGGCUACCUAGCCGGUUCUUCCAGCAAAACCCAGCCAAAAUCUGGUAAUGGGUCAAAAAGGAAGUAA